AUGUCUACUAUUCAGCCUAAGCACAGGUGGGUGAGGGAGGGAAUAAUAAAACUUCCCUCAGUAUCGGUACCAAAACUACCAACCUUUCCAUUCGAACAUCUACCGCACGAACUUAAGUUGGAUGUGAUCGAGGAGGUAAUUCCUCAAUAUACCCUACCCCAAGAGACCCUAGCCAAUGGUGGCUUUGAACGAACCACCGUCAAACCAUUACUCCUAUCAUGCCGGUCAAUCCGGAGUAUUGUCAAGGAUAAGCGACGACUCGUCGCAGUCCAUCAAAACUCCCGUGUCAUGUUCACCUUUGAUCUGAACAGGGAUACCCUCCUUGUAUACGAUAUGCAGCUCCCAAAAUUUAAGAUCCACGGAAAACCCGGGAAACUCCCUAUUCGGAAGAUUCUCACCAAAUCCCCUACGCCAGUCAUUCCGAAAGGAAUUCACCCAACUGAAGAUCAACUUGAGCACGUCUCGGAAGAGCCUUGGCAAGGUUUACCAUUCGACACGUCUCUGCCAAUACUUGACAAGCUACCUUGCGUGGAGGAGUUCGUCGUCGUCUGCCGGAUCCUUCCUAUCAACUGGCACAUCGAGGGCCUCCAGGUCUUCGGACCUGAUAUUAUCAGCCAACGUACAGAUGUAGAAAACUGGGGGCUGUCAAGAUGCUAUAACUACCCAAAUGAAUACAAGGCUGCGGAAUACUUCCAAGAAAAGGGUAUUAUCCCAGACACCGGCAUCUUCUGGCACCAUCCGGUCGGAGAGAGCCAACCUGUCGAUAUGAUCAGUGCAGACGAGGAUCUCGCUAUCAACAUCCCGGGCCAACAUUGUGUUCCUUACAUCGGCCUUAAAGGCUACAGUAGGGGUUCCCGCUCCUUGGGGGGGAAAUGGGCGGGAUUCUUGCAUGACCGAAACACGGGGAAUGUGAAGUUCAGACCACUGGAUUGGUAUGAGGUCGAGGAACAGUACCAGGGCCCAAUACACCCGCACUUUGUUGCUCGGGUGUAA